AUGACGACGUCGACAUAUUUUUCAUCCUCGAUCUAUAUCGUCAAGGUAGCAUAUGCAGGCUUCUGGGCUAUAUGCGCUGCCGUAGCCUCCAGCUCCGGAUGGACAGCUCCCCCAUGUCUCAUAUCCUACUUCGGCAGCGCAACGGCACUCAUGCUGAGCCUCGCCGUCGAGACGAUCCACUACAAAAAGUCUAAGCUGGAAACCCUCCCCGCGCGUGACUUGGUGAACUGGGGUCCUUCGUACGGUCAUUCAUACAAUCACUCAUACAUGGUCGCAAUGCCUCAGGGUAACACGCUUUGGUGCACUGAGUACAAUCUCUCUUCAAUCGUUCCACACAACCAGUGGGUCAACGUGACUUACCUCAACACCGGGGUAACCACCGAGAUGCGGCACAACGAUACAAACAUUGAGCUUGAUAUGGAGGUCCCUGCAGUGGCGAGCUCCAGAUUCAGAAAAAGAUCGUCGGAUCAGGACCUGAGGCGUAUUUGGGUUAUCGCAGAGAAGAUGGAGAAGAUUGACUACUAUCAUGCUUCCAAGUACCACUAUAGAUUUGCUAAAAAGGAAGCGGAUGAUAUGUGGAGGUUGGGCAGAUACUGUGAUCAUAUCUAUGAUUGCAGCAGUGGAUACUGUUCGGAAAUCAUCUCUUCCGGCUUUACACUGAAUAGUGAGAAGAGGACAUACGAAAGGCAGUCUGUCAAAGGGUGUGAGAGCUGA